AUGCCAAGCAUCGCGAACGGACAUUCCGGCGCAGCCAACGGCGUCACUGCCACCCCCGUCUUGACUGACGACGAUCAAGCAGUGCGAGACCUGAGAAAGUUCAUCAUCGAUGUUUGUCGACAGAAUGGCGGUGGCCAUGGAGGCUCGGCGAUUGGCAUGGCGCCGCUGGGAGUGGCGCUGUGGCGCCAUACAAUGAGAUACAACCCAAAGAACGCCGAAUGGUUCGACCGCGAUCGAUUCGUGCUGUCCAAUGGCCACGCUGCCAUGUUCAUCUACACUAUGUUACAUGUCACCGGAUAUCCAAGUAUGACGUUGGAUGAGGUGAAGUUGUACGGCUCUGCCAAACCAGUUGACCCAGACACAGGCAAAUGGAAGGCCACCCUCUGCCAUGGCCAUCCAGAACUCGAUGUUCCAGGCAUCGAAGUCACUACUGGCCCGCUCGGUCAAGGAGUUGCGAAUGCAGUGGGCCUCGCCAUUGCUUCGAAACACCUAGCAGCGACCUUUAACAAGCCAGGCUAUGAGGUCGUUCGUUCUCGGAUCUACUGCACUACAGGCGAUGGAUGCAUUCAGGAAGGAGUGGCCCAAGAGGCUAUGGCCCUUGCAGGUCAUCUUAAACUUGACAACCUCGUCCUUUGCUACGACAACAAUCAGGUCACCUGUGAUGGCCCCCUGGAUUGGAUUGUGUCCGAAGAUACCAACGCCAAAAUGCGCGCAAUUGGCUGGAAUGUCAUCGAUGUUUUCACUGGCGAUAGCUCGGUAGACGAUAUUGUCUCAGCGUUGAAGCUUGCCCGAUCUACAAAGGGUAAACCUACCUUCAUCAAUAUCCGCACCACUAUCGGCUACGGAACGUCCACCGCCGGCACUUUCAAAUCGCAUCACGGUACUUAUUCUGAUGAGGACGCUGCUCUCUACGCUUCUCCCAGCGUUUCAGCCACACAUACUCUCUCAGAACAGACAAAAGCGUACCUUUCUCGGUGUGUCACCAGGGGCCAAGCUAUUGAAGACGAUUGGAACGCUCUCCUCUCGUCCUACAGGAAGGCUUACCCAACUGAAGCCCAGCGCCUAUCCGACCGGAUAAAUGGCAAAGUCGACUAUGAAACUAUCCUCUCCACUCUUCAAAUUCCCGAUGUCAUCCAAGCCACCCGACAGUUCAACGGUACCGUCUUUAACGCCCUCAUGUCACAUGUUCCUCACCUCGUCGCUGGCGGAGCCGACCUUUGGAAUAGCAAUCAAAUGGGCGACCAGACCUCUCGGAUCUUCUCGGGUGUCCACCCAGAGGGCCGUGUCAUUCGGUACGGCAUCCGCGAACAUGCCAUGGCAUCCAUAUCGAAUGGACUAGCAGCCUACAAUCCUGGCACCAUAAUCCCCAUAACCGCGACUUUCUUUAUGUUCUACCUGUACGCAGCGCCUGGUGUGCGUAUGGGUGCACUCAGCCACCUCAAAGUCAUCCAUGUGGCCACUCACGACUCGAUCGGCGAAGGCCAAAACGGCCCGACCCAUCAGCCUGUCGAGCUCGACUCCUUGUACCGAGCAAUGCCACACCUGGCGUAUAUACGACCCUCGGAUGCAGAGGAAGUGGUUGGUGCUUGGCUGGCCGCUUUGGGGCCAGCGACCAAAAAUAUGUCGGUUAUCAUCUCGCUGGCCAGGGACCCAGCGAUCAUCAAGGUGCCAAAUACAGAUCGAACCAAAGUCGCUCGGGGCGGGUACGUGGUUGUCGAGAAUCACGAUGCCAAUGUCACACUCGUUUCUUGCGGCUCGGAAUUGCCAUUCGCCGUGGCGGCGGCGAAGCAGCUGACAGAGCAGCAUGGCAUUUCGACACGGGUGGUCAGCAUGCCGUGCAUCAGCCUGUUCGAAGACCAAACGGAGACAUACCAAAACGAAGUGCUCGGGGUCACAGAACACGUGGUCAGCGUCGAAGCCUAUAUUAGUAGCAUGUGGGCAAGAUUCUGCACCGCGAGCGUGGCGAUGGACGACUUUGGGUAUUCUAGCGCGGGCAUUGAAAACUUUCGAAGGUUUGGCAUUGACGAUGCCGGCAUUGUCAGAAAGGUGAAGAAGAUGCUGGACACGAGCAUAUUAGGCAAGGGCAAAGGAAGAUGGAGGUUGUUAAAGUAG